AUGUCCACAUUAACGUUAGUUGCACGUAAUCUACUAGUAUAUGGAGGAUCGUUCGUUUUUGUUCUUGGCGUUGUCGGCAACGUUUUGAACAUUAUCCUAUUUCUCAGUUUAAAAACAUUUCGAGAAACUUCAGCUGUUAUGUAUUUGCUUCUAACAUCGUUUGCUCAUAUCGGCCUGCUAUUAGCAGGACUGAUAACACGUAUUGCAUAUAAUAUAUUCGCCGUUGAUUGGACAACAUUAUCAGUAGUUUACUGUAAAUUUCGAAUAUAUUUCUUUCAUUUUUGUGGAUUGUGUGCGUUAGCGGGUAUAUCUUUGGCCAUUAUUGAUCAAUUUCUAGCGACGUCAACUCGACCUCAAUGGCGACAAUGUAGUAAUAGUAAAAAUGCGAGAUAUUUAUCGAUUCUAACACUGAUUUUCUGGUUAGCAUACUUAUGUCCGCAUUUGGUUAAUUUCGAUAUAGUCGUGGAUGAUCGUCCAAGUUGCGCUAUUACCAACAGUGUCUAUGCAAAAUAUUACAAUGAUAUUUUUAUACCGGUAAUAUGGUUUAUUUUGCCUUAUUCGAUCAUUAUUUUAUUCGGUCUUCUGACAUAUCGUAAUAUAAGGAAUAUUUCUUAUCGAACUGUACCACUUCUUCGCCGUCGAAUUGAUGAACAAUUAACCAUGAUGAUAUACAUUCAAGCAACUUUUAGUGUUAUGAUCACUAUUCCUUACAUGAUAUACUUGACAGUCUUGUCUCAUGUUUCGUUUUCUGCCGAUCAAUUCACAAUGGAUCGAUUACUAUUGGUUCAAAAUAGUGUAAUUUUGUUGUAUUACACGUGUUCAGCAAGUCCAUUCUACAUCUAUGUUUGUGCAUCGGAACGAUUUCGUCGGCAGUUACAUCAUGUAUUUACUGGUUAUUUUCGAAAUCGGUGGCAAAAACGGCGAGUGCAUGUCAUAGAUAUAUUUUGA